AUAAGCGUUGGGAGAGGUAAAAAAGACAAACUUUUUCAGAUUAUCUGAACAAUUAUUCAUUCAUUUUCCUUCAACCACGCCCUCGAUUCGAACUGAAUUCUCAACUUCUCAACAAGUCACGCUGCUUUCUACUCUCCACGCUAUGAAUCACACAGAAUCAGUAUGACUACUCUGUGUCGCAUUCGUUCCGUCACUCCUAUAACUAGACCUCUCUUCCUGGUCAACGAACUCUUACUCUUUGUCGCUGCUCUAUUGCUCGAUCCACAAGCUUAAUCCUUUUUCUGGGUCUUCAUCUUCAUCUGCUUCUCCGUUUCUCCAAUGGCUCGUAGGCGAAAUGAACCAGAGCUCACUGUUUCUACUCGUUUGAUUCUCCUGAUGGUGUGCUUGGUUUCAUGCGGCAUGGUCUAUGCUUUCGUCACUUCUGUGCUUGCAAUCUCUGGCGGUAGCUCUUCAGGUUCAAGCUCUGAUUCCAUAGCACUGGCCGACCAAGAUGGUGCUACUGCCAGGGCGGAUCAGGGUCAUGGAGGAUGCUGUAGAGGAAUUGAUAAUUUGGAGCUCUGGGGUGCCGCUGUGAAGUGGGGUUCUGAGUUUAAAUUCAACAAUUCUGAAGAUUGCUGCAACGCUUGUAAAUCCAUGUGUACUGGGAAGGAUGGGCCGUGUCUGUGUGAUACAUGGGUGUUUUGUGGGAAUCGUGAGACCUGCGGAUCCAAAUUUGGUGAGUGUUGGUUGAAGAAACAAAAGGACAGCUUAGCCCCUGAACGGCAAGGAGGAAAGGACAUAGUUGGCUGGACUUCUGGUAUCAUCUACGGGAAAGGGGAGGGCAUUAUUGGGCUAGAGACAGAAUAUGGAACUCUUCAUAUAAAGCUUUUUCCGGACUGCGCCCCUCAUUCUGUUGCUUACAUUCUAGAGCUGUUGGCUUUGAGCCAUUGUGCCGGCUGCCACUUUUAUCGUGCUGAGAGCCGAGGCGAAUCGUGGGAUUCAGCGGGAAACCACAUAGAAAAUGCUGUUUUUGGACCACCAUAUGGAUUGGUUCAAGGGGUACUAGAAGCACAAGGGACCACAUUCAAGGGAAUCCCCAUAGAAGAUUGCCCUAUUAUUAAGAGGGGUUCAGUUGCUUGGGUUGGUUCUGGCCCCGCAUUCUUUAUUAGCCUAGCUAAUCAUGUGGAGUGGGGAAAUUCGCACACAGUAUUUGGAUCUGUUUUUCCAGAAGACAUGCAUAUCGUCGAGAGAAUUGCUACACUUCCCACUACAUCUGAUGUUUGGAACAAUGUUAAUGUUACCGUCUUGGAAAAACUUGUCCCCUUGUUCUUACGAAGAAUCGAGAAAAGCUACGGAGAGUUUUAACAUUAGUACUAAUUCAGAUAGAAACAUUCUGUUGAUGCAAUUGUGAACUAAUAAUGUGCGUUUCUAAGAGCA